AUGGUGGCUCUCCAGGAACGUCCGAACAAUAUGUUCCUCGCGACCGUGCCCGCCAUCGCAGCAAUCUCCAAUCUUCUGCUUCUCGCCUUCGCACGACAAUACAUCACCAAUGACCUGGUCAGCCUCGUCGCCGCCGUUUAUGCAUAUGCAAGUGUUCCAUUAUGCGCCUAUGGACUAGUGGGAGUAACCAUGAGGAAACCAAAGUUCAUAGCCGUGUUCGCCAACUUCCUCUUCCUGGAUGCGGUUGUGUGGGCACUGUGCAGGUUCCUGGUCACGCAACUGUUCUUCAUCUCCAUAGAUGCCGAUGAUGUCUGUAGUGUCUACAACCCGAGAUGGAGUCCAGAGAAUUUCCAUCACGACAUCGUUACGAGCGUUCGGAGAUUCCAGGAUGCUCGUAUUGGACACCUCGCCCUUCGGAAACGGUGCCAGGUGCAGUCAGGAGCAUUUCAGAUCGUGGUGGUCUUCCUUUUGCUGGCUCUCGCGGCGGCACAUGGCUCAAUAGCCAUGAAGAUGCGACGUUAUUCCAAGGAGGUGGAGAAAUCGAGUCAACUUCCGGAGUGCCACACCGAGAGCGAGAAGCCGGCCUUGAUGGUCAGCACAGAGCGAGAUCUAGUUUGA